AUUGUUCUCUUCGACAAAGGCGACAAUGAGAACAAUGGCUUCGAUGCCACUGCUUGGACCAUCUCUCAGUACAUAUGCCCGGCUCAUGUUCAUUGUCGCUCUUAUUCACCAACUCCCAUGUUCUCGCUACAAGUCUUUCUGACUUUUUGCGCCCUGAUAGCGACAGUAGUCGCUCAGAACUCUCCAGUUGUAGUCUGCGUUGCAGGCCAAUGUUUACAAGGAUUCUCUAAUGCUACAAUUGGAACGGUAAUCUCUGGCGCGCCGUCAAGCGCGCUACUACUCCCUGGCCAAUAUACAUCAACAACAAACCCUCAAUUCCUCCACGAUCUCCUGCUUUCUUCAAAUACAUCAUUAUCACCUUCACCUGGCUUUGAAUCGUCAUCUUCAUCCCGAAAUUUGCCACUGAACGUCGCACUUUCACCCGGCUUGGCGAUUUACUCCCAAUCACCGUACAGUGGAACAGCAGCGUUCACUUCGUUACCCACAACACCUCUCCGAAAUUCAUCCACACCAAUUCAGGCCAGCUCUAUCUCCAUCUCAUCCAACACAUGGGCUGCAGUAACGAUUGCUGGCAGCUCUCGAGUCAUCAUUUGGGAUGGAAUCCCAGACGUUUCUCAACUACCCAUUACCGGCUCUUUCUCCCUUACCGACCUCCAAUCCGCCGCUUGUUCUCCACCAUGUUCUGGAUCAGGUGUCUGCUCUCCUUCAGGUACAUGUACUUGUCCUGCAGGUUUCACCGGUUCAGCUUGCGAGGCAUGUGCGAAAGGAUUUUUCGGUUCCCAAUGCCAGCCUUGUCCAACUGGUUGUACGUCUUGCGAUGAAGGCAUAAGUGGAUCCGGACGGUGCCUCACUCCGACGGCCGCGAACCCACCUUCAUCGUGUAACUGCCUCAACGGACAAUGUGCCACUGCCGGUGGCGGAUGCACAUGUAACGCUGGAUGGACGACCGCUGAUAAUGGCACCCAAUGCGCAAAGUGUUCACCUGGGUUUUUCCUUACUUCGACCGGGGAUUGUAAAGCGUGUCAGCUGGGAUGCACGGCUUGUGUGGAUGGAACUGGGGUUUGUCAGACGUGUAAGGCUGGAUUUUCCCAAGAUGGGAAUGAUAAAACGAAGUGUAACCCCGGGAAGAGUUCCACGAAUACCGGAACCGUGUGUCCUGAUGGGAGCUUUGGCGAUGGAACGAAAUGCUCGGCGUGCUCCCCAAGUUGCACGACCUGCACAGGGCCGACUUCCAACGAUUGCGUUAUCUGUGCGGCGGGCACUUAUGCCUUCAACGGUGGUUGUGUAGCUGCUGAUGGGAAUGGGGUCUGCGCGGGUACAAAGUUGAUUGCGGACAAUAAUAAGAAAGAAUGUGAUGCUUGUGGUGCCGCUUGCACUUCAUGUGCUAUUCCGAACUUCACCGUUGCUUCGACUGUGAACGAGCUCCGUUGCACUGGUUGCCUUCCGGGCUCGUUUUUACACGAUGGGAAAUGCAUCGCUAGUUGCCCCCAAGGAACGUUUGUUGAUCCAAAGGACAACAUAACAUGUACCGCUUGCGACUCUUCUUGCAGCACCUGCGUCGGAUCACCCACCUUCUGCCUCUCCUGUUCCUCCACCUCAUCCCUCGCUUCUCCAGAUGGCACCUGCGUAUCCACCUGCCCACCCAAUACCUUCCAAAACCCCACUACUCGACGUUGCACAUCAUGCCAUCCCGACUGUCAAUCCUGUUCCGGUAGUUCCUUCGACCAGUGUUCGUCAUGUCCUCGUGAACGUCCUGUACUGGUAAACGGCCGAUGCCUACCUACAUGCAGCAAAACCGAGUUUUUCGAUGGCGUUCGAUGUCAACCUUGCGAUUCAACGUGUGCGAGUUGUUCCGCGGCUGGACCUGACAAGUGUCUAUCGUGCUCUUCGAGUGCUUCGCAAGUAGUGAAAGGUGGGAGAUGUGUAGAUGCUGGGUGUACGAACAGUACGUCUGUCGUAUCUGGCUUGGGCGUAUGCCUUUCUUCCCUUGUCACUGUGCCGCCUUCUGGCGGAGAAUUGCCAGUUAUUCCGGGGUUGAGUAACCCAACGGUUAUCGUCCGGAAAGCUAAAUUGGAGUGGUGGCAGAUCUUACUUAUGGUGUUGGGAUGCGUGUUCAUAUUCGUGGUCGUCGUUGUGUUGUGGAGGAGGAGGAUGAGGAAGAAGAGGGCUCAUGAGACGAAUGAGUUUGCGAAGGCGAGGAAGUUGGAUACUGGUGCGGGGUGGAGAUAUAGGAUGGUUCGGUUUGGCGAGAGGUUGUUUGGACACCGGCCUAGUCAGAGGGUGUAUCCUGAGGAUGUCGAGAGAGGAGUAGGGGUUGAGAUGAGGAGUAAUAAUAAUCCCUUCACGAGGGGAACUGCUUAAAGGAACAUUUCUAGCUAAUCGAUUCAUUACUUUCAUCCUAUUCGGACAUUUGGAAAGGUUCUAUGUAUCAAUAAUUCAUUACUUGUAAUAGUAGUGUACUGUUUAUGUGAAUUCGUACGUACUCAACGACUGCAUAUUGUCAUGUAAUCUGUGUUUGAGUAGAAAGUCG